GUAGCGCAGCAUUUUUGUUCAUGGCAACGGAGUACACUGGAUGGUGUCAACAACUAAGAAACAUUAAAUUCAUUUAAAUUUUGGCCUCCAAAAUAGAAACAAAAUGUAUAAAUUGGAUUUGCCGGUUGACUAUAAAGAAGCCGCCGCAAUCGAGCGGCGGCGUAAUAUGGAAGAACAAAGAAAAUCAAGAAUAUUUAAUGCAAAAUCUAGGACAAUUGGGGUUGAUGUUCAAGCUCUCCAACAACAAAUAAAAGAUAAACAGCAACAGGAAAGCUAUGAAAGAAGAAGAGGAGAGGCAUUCGCUGCUGAUGCUAUCCGAAAUGAUAAAAUUUCACAACUUCUGGAAAAACGUCAAGAGACAGAUAUAAUAGAACUUAAUAGAGCUCUGAAUGAGUUCCGUAGUUUACACCAACAGCCAGACAGCCGAAGAGAGUUUGAUUUGUUUGACCCUGACUACCUCAAAAAAGACAAGCCAGCAAGAGUUAGCGAUGAUGAUCCCAGAUGUGGAAUAUCCAGUAUACAGAAAUUUGAAGGUGAGGACCUGAACAGCAAGGCCCGUAACAAGUACCAACAAGAGCAGCUAAGGGAAUGGUCCAUCGAGCAACAGAGGGAGAGGGACCAGGCUCGCAGAAAUCAGCAACAAGCCGACCAUCUCUAUGAGCUCAAGAUGCGUGAACUGGACCAGAGAGCCAUGGAACUGCAGUCUGCUGAAGAGGAGUGCAGGAGGAACAUCAAUUUGGCAACAACUGAUUAUAAUAAUGCAUUGGCAAGAGAAAGGUCCGAGAGGGAACGACUACAUAAGCAGCAGGAGCUGGAUGACAACAUGACCGAGAUUGCCAACCAUGUGUUUGGUGAUGUGCUCACUGAGAACCCAGCAGUGGCCCAGAGCGCGUUCGGCCCUCACAGGGUGAUCACAGACCGCUGGAAGGGCAUGAGCCCACAGCAGCUGGAGGAUAUUCGCAAGCAGCAGGAGAAACAGAGGCUCGAAAAAGAGCGCCUGGCACAAGAACAGAACCUUCGUGACCUUGAACACGAUCGUCAGCGUCUUGCCAACGCACGUGCUGCCAUGCUUCUGGAGCGGGAACAGGAGCGUAAACGCGAGGAACUCCAGCGCCGCCUUGCGGACGAAAACCGCCGGCUUGCCCAGGAACAAACCUCCCACAAGGAUUAUCUGGACAAAGAGGUUUACACCAACCCACCAACAGCUGCUUACUUUGGUCAAUUCAACACCUCUACACGAUAAAAGGACUUACACUGUGAUAAUUGGUUUUAAAGUUUGCAGAUACCUUAAAUUAAUAAAUGUUUGGUUCUUUCAUUUGAGUUUUUGAAACAGGAUUUUUUCUCUGUAUAUUAUAAUUUAUAUAUAACAUGCUUUUCUACUGCCAACCAAUAAACAUAUGCAAUAAAGAGAAGCUUAGCUUUGUUUAAAACAUUUAUGUUCUUAAAGACAGUAUAAAAAGUUUGAAAUAACUAUUUUAUAGGAAUGAUGCUUUUCAAAUCAUAAAAACAUAGCUUGGAAGUAUCUUAUUUCAUUCAAACAAAUCUUUUAAGAGCCAGUUAUUCUAUAUUGGUUUUUUACUUAAUUUAAGGUACAAAAAGGAGAAAGAAUGUUUUUGACAUGUAAUAUUUGCUUUAGAUGCAAGGAAGAGUUCCAUUACUUUCUGUAUUCAGUUAUAAUUUUAAUAUAUCGUGUAAAGUUGUUAUUGUUUUGGUUUGUGAACUUUCUGUCUGUAAUAAACUGUACAGUUGAA